GAUAUCCAAAAUGCUUAAUAAUCCUGUGGACAUAGGAUUAAAGCCAGCAUCAGGGCUAAAAUCUCCUAUGCUCAGAAUUUUAAAGCAUGAUAACAUGGAGAACGAAGCUGCUUGUGUAAACAGAAAUAGCCUGUUAACUAGUAAACAGCUAGCAGAAAUCAAAUCUACAUCUAUACAAAAAGAGGUGAAUGGUUGUCUUAAUCCUGAACCAUUGUCUCAGCAAGAAAUUGAAGACUGCAGUCUAAUUUUGACACCAAAACAGCUUCAUCAGAUAGUUAUUGGUCCUUCCACUAUUGACUUUGGAGAAGUCUGUGUGCAUUCUACAACUACCAGAAAAAUACAUAUCAUAAACAACCUACCUGUGCAUAUAUGGAUACAAAUAGAAAUUAAAAGUGAAGAACUGCAACGAACUAAUCCUUUGUUGCAUGUCAUAACGCCUUUUAUGAAAACUUGUAUUACCGUGGUGUUUGAGAAGGACACAUUAGGGAACUUUAAAAAGUCUUUCAUGUAUUCAAUAAACCAACGCCAUGUUGGACACAUUUUAGUAAUAGCAAAAGUUGUGCCAGUUGCUUUGGAGUUAUCUACAAGGGAAUUGACUUUAAAUCCUGCUUUUAGCUUUCUAGCAAAAACUGGAUUUAGGACAACAGUCACUCUAUAUAAUCAAAAAAACUAUCCUGCACAAUUUACUUGGAAACCUGUCAUCACAGAUAAAGGAAUGGGAUUUUCCAUCUGUCCAGAAAAGGGUAUAGUAGAAGCAAGUAAAGAUCUGGAAUGCGAAGUUGUUUGGCAUCCAAGUUUCUCCUCUUCUGCAAAUGGAGAAUUUGAUUUGUGUGUGCAUGAAGGAAAAACACUUAGAUUAAAAUGUUUUGCAAAGCUUGGCUCUACCAGUGUUCAGUUUAAGGAGCCACGGAUUACCUUUAAUAAUGCUCCUCUUCAUUUAACCACUUACAGAACAGCCAUUCUUCAAAAUUUGGGACAUAACCAUGCAUAUUUUCAGGUCCUUGAUGUCAAUCCAAUUCCUGGAAUGAUUAUAACUCCUUUUCAGGGUGUAAUUGCUGUGGGAGGCUGCACUGAAAUUAAAAUUUAUUUCAAACCCAAUGCAUUAAUGAAAUUUGACAGCAGAGUAGAGGUAGAAAUACGCAAUGCAAAAUCUUUGGAAUUUAGGAUUGGUGGAUCAGUAGAGGUUCCUGACAUACAUAUCAGUGUGUGCUCUUUUAUCUUCCCUGGUGUUUAUGUGGAUUCUACUCAAGAAAUACCAUUUUCUAUUGAGAACAAAGGAAAGUCAUAUGCUAAAGUGACAAUAGAUUUGUCUGAACAUGAUGACUUUACUCUACAUUUUCAGCCAGAUAUGCAUAAUACAUCAGAGGCAUCUCGAGUAUAUCGUGUGACUAUAGAAGCCAAUACUAUUAUGGACUGUUCUCUGAAUUUCACACCAAAAGAAGUGGCAGCCUAUGACUUUACUCUUCCAAUAAAAAUUAAUGCUGAUGAAGCUUGGUGUUCCACAAAUGCUUCAAAAAAGUUAAAUCCUGCUAGUUCAACAAAGCAUAUGGUUGUUCCUCGACCUCAGUCAUUGACUAUACCUACUCAAGAAUGCAAAGUUCAAGCAACUGUGUUGCAACCACCACUGCAUAUUUAUCCUUCAGAGCUCAUCUUUCAACAUAGUGUAAAAUGUAUCAACAUGGGUGUUAUAAGUGACAGCAGUAAUAUAAAGAAACUGUAUUUGAAAAACAUCUCCACGAAACAGCUUACUUGGCGAUUUGAUCUUGAUGCUGCAGGCAAAGCCGUAGAUGAUGGUAUCUUCAAAUUUAGUUUACAUACUGGAAUUCUCUAUCCGGGGCAAAAUACAGCUGUUACCAUAUGCUUCUGCCCAUAUUGGCCUGGAAUAUAUAUUGCUCAGCUGCCUGUAUUUUUGAAUGAGGAGCUACUUGUUUACAGAACAAUCAAUUUAUCUGGAAUUGUGAAAUCAAAUAAAAUUAAUUUUGAACCUCAGCUUUUGAUAUUGACUCCUGUUCCUCUCAAUGUUAAAACAGGAGCAGAUGUCUGUAUAAUUCCCCAGGAUUAUUUAAGGCCAUCCGUUUUACAAGUUGAAAUUCCAGAAUUUGAUUUUGAAGAUUAUGAUGGUGGUGGUGAUACUAGUGUUCAACAGAGACAUCCCUUAACAGUGCACUUUCCAGAAGGCAAUAGAAUUGAAAUAACACCAGAAGGAAACUGCAUUGGAUUCAGCUGCCACAUCAAUUUCAUUUCUUCAAAGCCACUGUCUUUUUUGAAGAAUUUAUUCUUUGUCGAUGAAGAAAGAAAUAGAUUCUCACUUCAAGUGUCUGCAACCGCAGAGAAUUGCCUUCUUACAGUGUAUCCCUACUUGGCUUGUCAUCUUACAAACCAACAAAUUGUCUUGGAAAGUGAUUCUAGUAAGAUAAUUUACAGCACUGGGGAUACUUUACAACAUCCAUGCUAUAUUCCUGGAACAUGUAUACAGUCUUCUUCCAGUAUUUUUGAUCCAGUUACCAACUCUGAUUAUGAAAAUUCUGUUUCAGAACUGGAAAAGAUCCUUGAAAAUGAAAACAUAAAGAAGCAGGAGGCUAUCAUCCAAAAUAAAUGGGUUAGGAGGAAUACAUCUGAUGAAUUAGUUUUUCCCGUAGAAGACACAGCAAAAUAUACUUUCUUCCAGAAAAUUGUAAUGGCAGCUCAGAACUGGUUUACUCUUUUUGGUUGGUCUAAAGGACCAAAUCCAAUUUCAAUUCCAUAUUCUCUAAGACGUGACCAGAUGACCUCAGCACUAAAGACAGCCCUCUCUGCAGACUCUUGCUUCAACGGCAACAAAGACGCCUUGACCCUCAAGAAUAAACUGGAAUGGAAAGAGGCCAAACUGUAUUAUCCCUGCCACCCUGAGAUUCCAGGUCCUGCAGCCAGCCAUGAAACUAAAUUGGCUGGACACUUUGAUUAUCUCAAGACUCUGCACCAGCCAGAUGACAGUUCUGGAGGCCAAAAAUGA